UCGAGCACAAGUGAAAACGAGAGCUUUAUUCCCGUUACGCAGCAACAGCUGACUUAAACAAACCAUUUAUACACAUGCACACACACACAUAAUAAGUGAUAAAUUCAAUGGCGCUAAUUCGCUGCUGCUUUGAGCCACCCGAACUGCCCGAGUUCUUCGAUAGCUUCGUACAAAAAUGCACAGAUCCCAGUUGCUGCUGCGGUUGCUGUUCAGCGCUGCGUCCACGUUACAAGCGUCUUGUGGACAACAUUUUCCCAGUGAAUCCGGAGGAUGGCUUGGUCAAGUCGAAUAUGGAGAAGUUGACCUUCUAUUCGCUCAGCUCGCCGGACAAACUGGAUCGUAUUGGCGAAUAUCUUUACCAGAAGGCCACCAAAGACAUCAAUCGCAAGCGCUACAAACUGGCCGAGAUUGCCAUGGAGGCCAUGGAUCUGUUGCUCCAAGCUUGUCAUGCUCAGACCACACUAAAUCUGUUUGUGGAAUCAUUUUUGCGCAUGGUUCAAAAACUGCUCGAGGAUUCGAAUCCGAAUUUAAAAAUAAUGGCAACCAAUUCUUUCGUCAAGUUUGCCAAUAUAAACGAGGACACGCCGUCGUAUCAUCGACGCUACGAUUUCUUCAUCUCGAAAUUCUCGUCCAUGUGCCACAGCGAUAGUCAGGAUUUGCGGGAUAGUCUUCGACUUGCUGGCAUCAAGGGAUUGCAGGGUGUCAUUCGGAAGACGGUCUCCGACGAUCUGGUCGAGAAUAUUUGGGAGGCACAGCAUAUGGAAAAGAUUGUGCCUUCUCUGCUAUUCAAUAUGCAGUUUUGUGUAAACGUUAUGUUUGUGAAGAAAAAUUUACUGGCGUCGGGUGACCUGACACCCGUUGAGGAUGCCACCAAUGUGACGCCGCCAGUGCUGGCCGAGGAGGUGCUGCGCGAACUUGUGGGCCGUGCCUCAUUUGGACACAUACGCAGCGUACUAAAACCGCUGCUGACUCAUCUGGAUCGGCACGAGCUGUGGGUGCCCAACACCUUUGCCAUCCACACGUUCCGCAUUGUGAUGAUCUCGAUACAGCCACAGUACUCGUACACCGUUGUGGAGACCCUAAUGCAACAUUUGGACUCUAAUUUCAAGUCGUCGCCUAAGACACGCACCUCGCUGGCCGUUGUGCUCUCCAAGAUCAUUGCCAUUGCGGCAGGCGAGAGUGUGGGUCCAUCGGCGCUGGACAUCAUUAACAAUCUGCUGACGCAUUUGCGGACCAGCGUCAGCACCACAACGGAAAUAACACCGGAGGAGUCACAGUACCAGGAGGCAUUAAUCAAUGCGUUGGGCGAGUUUGCCAAUCAUCAUCCAGACUAUCAGAAGAUUGAGAUCAUGCUGUUCAUCAUGAACACGGUGCCGGAUCUGUCCAAGAAGAGCAAGGGCGAUCAGAUGCUGCAGAACAUACUGCUCAAAUCGCUGCUGAAGGUGGGCAAUCAAUACAGCACCGUCUCCUUUGAGAAAGCCUUUCCCGCCUCGUUCCUGCAGCCGCUGUUGCGAAUGGCACGUGCUCCACACGAUCCCACCCGCAUGAUUGUAAUGCAGAUAUUCCAGGCUCUGUUGGAUCGCCACCAGAACGAGCAGGUGCUCAGCAGUGUCAGUGUCAAGCCGUAUCCGGCUCUCUCCCAAGAGCCACCCUCACGCUCCGACAUCAUCUUCACGCACAAGUACGGAGCGAACAUUAUGCAGGCCCUCAUCGACAGCAUGGCGCUCUCGGAUCGCGUGGAUGCGCUCUCCGCCAGCUACAACACAGCUGCGCUGCUCAUCGUCGAGAUGUCCUGUAGCGAGACGGUCCAGGAGUUCUUGCUCUUCAUACUGGGCAUACAGCAAGUGGCAAGCACUCUGGAAACGUUGGGCGCUGUGCACCGCUGCAAUUUGCAUGGCAUCUCGAUAGCGCUGCUGGUGCUCAUCUCGCGCGUGAGUGGCAUCAACAGUCUGCUCGAGUACGCCCAGAAGAUAAUUGAGGCGCGACGCGAGGAAGCCACCUACUAUUUGCCGCCACUGCUCGACCCAAAGAAGGUGUCCAGCAGCAGUAAAAACCUGAAUCUAUCGCUUCCCCAUCUGGCCAUCGAUAAGUUGGCGCUGGGCGAGUGUAUGCAAAAUGCGGGCAUGGAUGCACAGCGUCUGAAUACUGGAGCACCGUACACACUCAAUCAGACAGAUCAUCCGGGUCAUCGGCACUCGUGGGUGGAAACGGUUAGCAAUCAGAAUGCGCAACGCAACAGUUCCGCCGAUCUGACCGUUUACAAUGGGGAUGUAGACAGCGUGAGCAGCUCCCCGGGUGUCUCCAAGAAAGCCCUCUCUCCGGAGUUCAAUUUUGAUGCAAUGAAGCGAGCGUUGGCCGAGCCAACGGAGGCCGUGAAACGGGAACAACGCGAAAAACAAAUGCAAAUAGUGCGCACAUUCCGUGAGGGUGAAUUCGAUGAUCUGAUCCGACGCACCGAACCGAAGCACGAUCUCAUCCAGAAUCGUUUGAAUGAGCUCUUCAACUCGCUAGCCGUGGAGCGCCAGAUUACCCAAAGCGACAACAAGACAGCCCUGCAGAGUGAGAAGCCCGUCUAUGAGACGAAAUUUCCCGAGCUGUUCUACUACUAACCUACCUAUAAGCUAUGGUAAUAAGUAAUGCUGCCAGCUCGGGGAUUCCCCCGGUUCCCCCUGGUUGCAAAUAAUAGCUAAAUUAUUUGUACUUUUCUUCUUCUGGGGUAGGGUAAUAGUUUUUUCUUGACCACGACAAACCCUUUUGCUUUUUUGUUAUUAAAUGCACUAAAUAGUAUUGUUAUUAAUAAAUACAUAUACCUCGUUAAAUAUUCAGAAAGAAAGACACUUAAUUGUUUAUAUAAAAAGUUCACACAUUUAAUAUGUGAUAUUUAUGCGAAUUUUGUGUAGCAAAUAAUAACGAAAUUAUUUGUAAUUUAUUUUUUGGAGGCAGGCUAAAAGUUCUUUUUGUUUCCUUCUGUUAUUAAAUGCACUAAAUAGUAUUGUCAUUAAUAAAUACAGAUGCCUUGUUAACUAUUCAAUGAGAAAAACAAUGAUUUUUAUAUGCAAAUAAUCGCGAAUUAUUUAUAGUUUUUGUUCUUCUUUUGAUUAAUAAAUGCGCUUAAAGAGUAUUGUUAUUAAUAAAUACAUAUUACCUUGUUAACCAUGCAAUAAAA